UACAUAGAGAGAGAGAGAGAGAGAGAGAGCAUGAACCUGAGCUCCCGCAGCCAAGUCCUUGAUUGAUAGAUACCCCAAUCCAAGGAACACUCAUUUCUAACAUCAAACUCUCUUAGCUUACCUGUCUUCUUCUUCUUGUUCGUCUUCUUCUUCUUCUUCUUCUUCUUCUUCUUCUUCUUCUUCUGUGCUACCUUCACACUCUGAUGCUCUUGCAGCUGCUCUUCUCUCUUCUGGGGUUUUCAGAUUGAUCGGAUCAUCCCAGCUGGGUGUCUCUCUAUUUGAUUUUCCUUCAGUUGAAGCAGCUUGAAAACCCCUUUAGCUCUUUUUUCUGUUGACCAAGAACUUGAUUAUUAUAAGUAAAGUUAAGAACAAGAUCUAAACAAUAUAUAGUUGUGUGUCUAGAUAGCUAUCUAUCUGCUUUCUGAUCUUAUUUCCCCUCUUUAGUUUCUCCUUUCUCGUUGAUCGAACAUGGCGAACCGGUGGUGGACCGGGCAGGUGGGUCUGCCGGGGGUAGAGACAUCGACAGGAUCGCCCGUGCUGAAAAAACCAGAUCUGGGAAUAUCCAUGAACGAAAACGGCGGAAGCCGAAGCGGCGGCGGCGAGGAAGAAGAUGAAAGAGAGAACAGUGACGAGCCGAGGGAGGGUGCAAUUGAGGUGGCCACCCGCCGACCGCGAGGCCGCCCUCCCGGCUCCAAGAAUAAGCCCAAACCGCCCAUAUUUGUGACUCGUGACAGCCCUAACGCGCUCCGCAGCCACGUCAUGGAGGUGGCAAACGGCGCCGAUGUCGCCGAAAGCAUUGCCCAAUUCGCGAGAAAGCGACAAAGAGGAGUGUGUGUGCUCAGCGGAAGCGGUACGGUGGUGAACGUAACCCUCCGGCAACCGACGGCGCCCGGGGCGGUGAUGGCGCUCCAUGGCCGGUUCGAGAUUCUUUCCCUAACCGGGGCGUUCCUCCCUGGCCCCGCCCCGCCCGGUGCGACCGGGCUGACAAUAUACCUCGCGGGAGGGCAGGGCCAGGUGGUAGGGGGCGCCGUGAUGGGAUCGCUCGUGGCCGCAGGACCGGUGAUGGUGAUCGCAGCCACCUUUUCGAAUGCUACGUACGAGAGGCUGCCGCUAGAGGAGGAAGAAGAAGGGAACGGCGCGGCGCAGGGGCCGCUGGGAGGAGGGGGAGGCGGGGGAGGGUCGCCUCCGGCGGUGGGGGGUGGCGGAGGACAGCAGCAGGGUGGGAUGCCUGACCCAUCAUCAACUAUGCCAGUUUAUAAUUUGCCACCAAACUUGCUUCAAAACGGGGUGCAGCUCAACCAUGAGCCCUUUGCUUGGGCUCAUGGCAGACCACCCUACUAGUACUAGAGGUAUUUAACCAAAAAACAACAAAAAUAAAAAAUAAAACAAGCAGGUAGAAAAGAGGGAAUUAUGAAUUAAUGAGAUCCAACAAAAGUAAUUAAUCAGCUCUGCUUGAUGUACUGAAGAGGGAGAAUUAAGGGAGGGAGGUGAAGAGGAGAAUAUAUUCAAGCUUUGUGCCUUGUAUAUGAUUUUGGUUUAGACUUUACUAUAGCUUGCUACUGGGUAGAUGUGUAUUAUUCAUCCUCCUCCUCCUCCUCCUCCUCCUCCUCCUUCUUCUUCUUCUUGAUGGUGGAACAUUAAUCAGGGAGUAUUGCUAUAGACUAUGAUUAAUAGAUUUGUAGAAUAAUUAAUAAGUGGGAAUG